AUGCUUCUAAUACACUUCGACUUGUCUGAGCCCCACCCACGCAUUGCUUCGCUUUCAUUUGAAGCAAAUGAGCCCGACUGUAUGAGACGGGCCUACCUGAUUUGCAUUUCAGCAGGCUUCUGGAGCAGUUUGCUGGUUGUCAUCGUGUGCCGAAACAUGGCCAUGCGAGCCAGUUCUGUUAUGCCCCAGCGGGCCUCCGAUCGCUGGUCUGAAGAUAGGUUGACCGUUAUGGCAAAUGGAAUGACGAGGCUCCGUGCGCUCGCAAUGGGGGAGAAAAUGAUAUUGUGCUUGCCAGGAGCCAGCUGGAAACUCUGGCUGGCCAAAAACUGCAGCGAAUGCAGCACGGAUCAGCACUGCUUCAAUAAGCCAUUUAACCUCCUCCUGGUUACCAGUAGUUCUUCGGUCACCGAGAAUCUCGAGCCCCAUGAAAGGCGUAGACAGGAGAGCGUCACUGGGUUGUAUCGCUCCGGCUGCCAAGCGCACGAGUGUGGAGAUGGCGAGGAGGCGGGCUUGCCGAAAGGGCAUAGUGCAUUAGGGAUCUCAUUGGGCAAGAUGACUUCUUGCUUGUUCUUGACCCAUGAGCCGUGUAGUGGGAACCGUUUGGUGACUUGCCCUUUGAACGAUUCAUGGACUCCAAGAGACAUGAAUCAACGGAUGACUAUCUCCUGUGACUUCUUACCCAAGCCAUCCUCAAUCGCAUUCUUUGGUUGGGUUACAGCUCCUCGACAUUGGCUUUACUACCACUCAGGCCUGGAGCAAUGGUUCCCUCAGCGCCAUCAGAACUCAUCGCGAAGAUUUCAUUACAUGGCUGUAUCACGGAAUGCCAUCCUCUCCUGUCUAAACGAGAGUCCACUCAGCGGCCCGUCAUCGGUUGCUGAAUCCUCAAGCUGCAAUGCGGCAGCUUCUCUUGCGUAUGGAUCUUUAUUGCACUCUUGGCCAUCUUAUAGAAGGCUUCCGCGCUUCUGGCUUCGAUGUCUUCAUCUAUCGACUGUGACUUCUCCUGAAUCCCCUCGUCCGACACCUUGGGUUGUUGAAGUCCCAAUCACCCGGAAAGAUGCAGCAACGCAGCGACAAUACCCAAUUCCUUCCGUCUUACUUCUACCUUUGCCCUCUUCUCGCUUUGUACAACAACCUGAACUGAGUGGGCUGGCAGUGCCUUCGCUCGUUCAUCAUGUGCUCCAUGCUCUUCAUUUAUGGGCUGAGAGGCGGUCCAAGUAUGCCUAUUAUGCACAACCUUACCUGAUGCAUACCUCUAGGUACUGUCUGAUCCUCUGGACUUCCGCCGAGAAGCCUGUCCUAAAAGAACGGAGCCUGGCGUGGUACAGAGACUGCCACCAAGUCAGUGCCGCCAUCCCACGCGUCGUCGUGCAAAGUUCUAGCCUCAUCCAUGCUGCCUUCAUCCAUGCCUAUUUCACCUAUACUGACUUUCUCCAUGGUGAUUUCAUCUAUGCUUAUUUCAUCUACGCUGACUUCAUCACUACAGACCUCAUCCAUCCUUACGUUAUUUAUGCUGACUCCACCUACGCUGACUUCACCCACGCUGACUCUACCCACGCUGACUUCACCUACGUUGACUUCACCCACGCUGACUUCACCCACGCUGACUUCACCCACGCUGACUUUAUCGAUGACUGA